AUGGAUACCAUCAAGAGCACCGCUAACUACGUCUCGGACAAGAUCCAGGGCACCACCCACGAGGCUUCCAAGGAGGCCAACAAGGAGGUCGCCAAGGACUCCAACGUUUCCAUCGGCAACCGUGCCCAGGCCGGUGUCGACGCCCUGAAGGACAAGUCCAAGGAGCACCAGCACGAUGCCUCGGCCGAGGCCAACAAGCAGAAGGCUACCCACUAA